ACGACAAAAUCAGUGACGAAGCUAGGUUGAAGUUAGGAGGGAUUGUAGCCUCACUCAACUUUGAAAUAUAAGUAAAAAUUACUUGUCCCUCAAUUACCACGUUUCAAAUCACCUCCCCUCAUUCAUAUUUCAGGCUCCACUAGUUGAUCAAACGGAGGAUAAUUAGUCGUUGUGAUUAGUUGUUAUAGUUAAACUAAAAGUUCUAUGCUAACUAUUGAUGAAUUUUGUAUUCCCCGUUAUGGUCACUUAGUUCUUUUAUUCGUUGACUAAUAAACUUUGACCGAAUAAUUUUUCAGGAUGGUGCCACAAGAAUGGAAUGCUACUCCUAGUCUACGAGUACAUGCCAAAUGGCAGCUUGGACAAGCAUCUCUUCGCCGGAGAAAACGACCAUCACAACCACCACAACUUCCAAAAACACCCACCAACCCUCCAAUGGAAGCUCCGGUACAAGAUCGUCACGGGCGUCGCCGCCGCCCUCCACUACCUCCACCACGAGUACGACCAGAAGGUCGUCCACCGCGACCUGAAAGCCAGCAACGUCAUGCUCGAUUCGACCUUCAACGCCCGGCUAGGCGAUUUCGGCCUGGCUCGGGCGUUGGACAACGAAAAGACGUCCUACGCCGAGCUGGAAGGUGUCCCGGGGACGAUGGGGUACAUCGCCCCCGAGUGCUUCCACACGGGGAAGGCCACGUGCGAAUCCGACGUGUACGGGUUCGGUGCGGUCGUGUUGGAAGUCGUGUGCGGUCAAAGGCCGUGGACCAAAAUCGGUGGAUUUCAGUUUCUGGUGGAUUGGGUUUGGUGGCUUCACCGCGAAGGGAGGAUUGUGGAAGCCGUGGAUAAGAGGCUUGGAGGGGAUUUUGUCGAGGAGGAGGCCAGGAGGCUGCUUUUGCUUGGGCUUGCCUGCUCGCAUCCGAUUGCGGGCCAGAGGCCCAAGACGCAGAAGAUCUAUCAGAUUCUGAGUGGGUCCGUUGAGGUGCCGAGGGUGCCGCCGUUUAAGCCCGCGUUCGUUUGGGCCCCUGCGGUGGGCCCGGACGGCGACGGGGAGAAUACUACGACGAGUAGUAGUGUGAUGACGAUGGACGCGACGGCGGAUACGACGCCGAUUACGUCAGGGUGGUCGGCGGAGUGUGUUAGUCCGACGAGUUAUUACGGUGGAGAAGGGGAUACGACGAAUACCAACAGCUUUUCUCCGGUUUGAAUGGAUUGGUGGGAGUUUGGAGGGAAAGUUCGUUUUUUUUCUGUUUCUGGUUUUUUUAAUUUUCCUGUUGGGUGGCGGGAAAUUGGGAAGGAACUUCCUUUUUUCAGUUUUUGUUUUGUUUUAUUGGAUUUGAAUCUCUUAUUGUAAAGCGCUUUUUUUCUCUGGGAAAUAUUGUGGGUUAAUUUUUAUUUUAUUCAAUUGGUCGUGAUAUAUAUAAUUUUUUGUUAAUUUUUAUCACCCAAUUUUGGAUUUAGGUUCAAUGAUAUUUACCUCGCCAUUUUUAGACAAUAAAUUUUCUUGUAGUGCUACCCAAGGUUGUUAAACCCCUAUCGAACCCCCCGAUUGGACCCGGUUCAACCCGAGUCGGGCUUCAAAACGGCCUCCAGAAAACCCCCCGGUCUGACCCCUAAACAGGGAGAAGAAGAGAGGCAGAAGAGAGGAAAAUGAACGAAGGAAGAGAAAUGGUAGGUGGAUCAUGGAGGUUAGGUAGAUUUAUUUUGUUUAAAAUAAGUUUUUAAUAGAUAU